AUGCUGAACGGCGCGACGGACAGGGGUGGCCUGUCGUUGCAGUCCUCGCCGGUGAAGGUGUCUCCGUCGCCGGUCAGGGCGUCGCCGAGCCCCGUGAGGACGCCGUCGUCACCUCUGAAGUCGUCCCUCUCCGGUGGGAGACAACGGUCACCCCGAAAGUGUCAGUUCGCGGCGCCUUCUGAUGAUGGCCGCGACAGAUGCGGCGCGUCGUGGCUGUGUAGACGAGGCGCCGCUACAGUCGAGGACGCGGAGCCGGAACGCUCGCCCGGGCCGAGCGCGCUGCCCCAGGGCUGCGAGGACUCCGCCCCGCCGCCGAAGAACUGCUACAGACUGGUCAUGCUGGGAUCGGCGCGUGUUGGAAAGACGUCGUUAGUCUCACGUUUCCUAGGUACGAAGUUCGAAGACAGCUACACACCUACCAUAGAGGACUUCCAUCGCAAGUUGUACCGUAUACGCGGUGAAGUCUAUCAAUUGGAUCUUCUGGAUACUUCGGGCAACCAUCCGUUCCCGGCUAUGAGACGCCUUUCUUUUCUCACUGGUGAUCUAUUCGUUCUCGUUUUCGCGAUGGACAGCCGCGAAUCGUUUGAUGAGGUCAUACGGCUCCGGGAGCAGAUCCUGGAGACGAAGGCCAGUGCCACCAGCGGCAGCCGGGGCAAGAAGCAGGCGCCCCGAGUGCCAAUGGCAAUUGCCGGAAAUAAAUGCGACAGAGAAUUAAGGACCGUACAACCAGAGGAGGCGACCGCUUACUGCGCUACUCAAGAUUCCGCCUGCGUGUUCGUCGAGACGUCAGCUAAGAAGAACUACCGGGUCGACGACCUAUUCUACGAGCUGUUCGUGGUGGCCAACCUGCCCCUCGAGAUGGCGCCGAACCAUCACAAGAGGGUGAGCACGGCCUUCGGGAGCCCGUGCACCCUACCGCCCGCCAGCAGCCAGGGCAGCAGGAGCAAGAAGUGCACGCUGUCGAUAAAGAGGCGGCUCUCCGACGCGUGCGGCGUGGUCGCGCCAAACGUUCGCCGGCCGAGCAUUCGCACCGACCUCAUGAUUAUGAGGACGAAGACCUGCGCGAAGGGCGAUGGAGACAGCGCCGGCGGCAGCCCCAAGCUGACCCUCAACAGGCUGGUCCGGACGAGCGGGCAGAGCGACAAGAGGACCUGCUGCAUCCAG